AUGUCCUCAGGGCCUAUGAAAGAGUGUGAAAGUGGGGGCCGGUCUGUUUUCCACGGAGAUGAUGUUCCACAGAGAGCGAGCCGUCACAGAGAAGGCCCUUCUUGGUCCCACCAGAUGGAGGGGACCCAUAACAUGCCUCUCUGCUCUGUGAAACGUUACCAGUGCUCCGGGGACGGUUGCCGACUGGCCUGCCGCAGCAUGAAGGAGCUUCUUCGCCACAUGCAGGUCCACUAUCGGCCCACGGAGUCCCUUGAGGGAAAGACAUUCCGCUGCUCCACUCCUGGUUGCUUGGAAUCCUUCCCCAACAUGCAAGACCUGAUGGGUCACAUGAAGGUGCAUUACAAGCCCAACCGCUACUUCAAAUGUGAGAACUGCAUGUCACGUUUCCGAACACAUCGCUCCCUCUUCAAGCACUUGCACAGCUGUUCUGAUGCCAAUACCACCAGCACCACCACCACUUCCCUGGCCCUAACCUCAGAGAAACCCCUCUUUCCACCUACCUCUAGCCUGGAAAAAGAGCCACCGGGCAAAUUGCUGGAGGAGCUUCCAAAACUCCAGAGAGUCAUACAGCACUUAAAAAAAGAAGCUCUUCUCCCUGGCCCAAUGGACACUCCUCUGGCCCCUGACUCCCUUCCAGCUGGACUUCCUGGCCCCUUAGAAUCUGUGCCGUUGCCAACAUCGCCUAUGUAUCCUCUGCUGGAGCAAUCCCUGUUUGGGCCACCCUCCCUGGCAAAAUUUUCUGGGCCACCUCACCCUUCAGGGCCCUUCCUGCCCUAUAUGCACCCCACGUCCUAUGCUUUACCUCAAGCUGCAGUGCAGAACCGCCUCAGGCCUUUCUUGCCAGCAGGCCAAGGCCUCCCUGUUUCCAACGCUGUGUGGAAGAAAAGCCAAGGACACUCCUCCAACAGCCGCAUUGUAUGGGAACACACCCGAGGUCGUUAUAAUUGCUUACAAUGCCCCUACUCCACAGCCUCUCGGGAGGAGAUGACUCAGCAUACUGAAGACCACCGCAAAAAUCCCUCUCCAACCAGUCGCUUGGAUGGGGAAAUGGACUUUGGUGUUCCUCUUCCCUCAUUCCACCCGAAGUUGACACCAGAAGUGGAGAACUCUCUCUUUUCCCCGCUGUGAGGUUUCCACUGGGCCGAUUAAGCUGACUUUAUUAAUUCCCCCAUGAAAAACAGCACUUGCGUGGAGAGAUUUUGUGUGUGUGUGUGCAUUCCCCCCCAAAGGAGGUGGUCUGGGGACAACCAUGUGUCAAAUUUAAGCCAGAAAUCUGCAUUCUAGUUUAUCCAGAACGAGCAAAAGCAUUGAUACUCCUGUUUGUCUCUAGUUUCCCCCUUUUGGCAGGAAAAGCCAAACUUCUUCAGUCCCCAGUCUAUGUUUUGUUGAGCAUUGCAUCUGAAUCUAGUCCUGGGCUUAUUUCUCAAAUAACAAGCUACUGAUAUAAGCCACUGUUCAUUCUUGGCUUAAAUCAGGUUUGUCAGGUAAAGAAUGUCCUGGAUUCUGAUUACCCCAUUCACUUCUCCAUUCUUUAUAAACCAGGUUUGGAAGACUCUUUGUCUUAUAUGUGCUCAGUUCCCCUCCCACCAACUUCCUCCCCGUGCCUCCUUUCAAUUCAAACAAAUGUGUUGACUGAGUACCAUUUAAAAGGAAAGGGAAUGGGAAUUGAUUAUCAUUUGAAAGGGACUUGAUUAAUUUAAUCAACUUUCCUGUGCGUUUCCUUAUUUUUUUUUUUCUAUUUAAAAUUUACUUUCCCCCCUGCUUUUAAGGUAAAAAAAAAAAUCUUCCUUUACUCUGUACAGUCAUGACUAGUUAUGCUCAGGUUUGUAAGUGAGCUACUGCUGCUUUUGAAAACAAAUAAAUAAAUUGGAAUUGUA